ACGUCAGCAACCCGCGAACAACCAGGAAAAAUCCCCCUCUGCCCUUCGCCGCCGGCAGCGCGGCCGCUCCUCCCCGCAGCGCAGCGCCGCCGGGGGCAGGCGAGUCAGCUGACGGGAGCGGCUCGUUUCCAUCAUGGCCGCCCGGCCGGGGCGGCUGCCGGCGGGGCUGGGCAGGCGGCGCGGCGCGGCGGAGGCCCGGCUCCUGCUUCUCCUGUGGUUCGCGGGUGCGACCGCGGAGGGAGCGGCGGGCCGGGAGACGCCGCUCAAGUGCGACGAGCUGCGGCUGGGGCAAUAUAUCUGUGAUGAUCCUAAAAUAGACAAUAGUACGCAAGAACCAAUGAAUUGUACAAAUCACACAGCAUAUGUUCAGUGUCUACCAGCACCAAAUAUCACUUGUAAAGAUCACCUUGGCAUAGAAAAAGUCUUUACUGGAAAUGAAGUUGGAUUUUACAAGCCUAUUGCAUGUCGUAACGUAAAUGGAUACUCCUACAAAGUGGCAGUGGCUCUGUCUUUAUUUCUCGGAUGGUUGGGAGCAGAUAGAUUUUAUCUAGGCUAUCCUGCCUUAGAUUCUAUAAUUAGCACUUAUUUUGUCCAUCUGUUUCACAAAAAGAUAUAUUUUUGGAAGCAGUUGAUAAGGGAGCACAAAUAACAAAUAAACUAUUGAAUAUGAAGAAACCACUAAAAUUGUAUGGAAGGCAGCCCCUUCCUCUCCCACACACUGUGAAGCAAACCAUAAGUUACUGCUGCCUAGGACUGCUGUUUUUUCCUCUGUGCUUCAGAGCAGUUUAUUUUCUCAGAGUAAUCUGCUUGUGGGGAGGGAAGCAAGGAGGAAGAAAAAAAAUCAGCUUUACCCUACACUCUAGAAACAUAUGCCAGGUUCAGAAACAGGUCUUCUACACCCAGUAACCGAAUGGAGGAUGCCUCACCAGGAUGCAGCCAGUUCCUCAAGUUAAUUGGAACUGCUGCUGGAACCAGCAAUGGUGAGAGAGCUGCUGGAUUUCCAAGUAACCAGCUGACAGUGAUGCUCAGGACUGCAGCUUGACAGGAGAUGUUAUAAUAACUGUCAGCAGUAUUUUAAAUGGUGACUGCACUUGAUGCAGAGAUAAUAAAGUGAAUUGUGUUCACCAAAGAGUUUGAUAUUAUUUAGUUGUCUUAACUGUUGUUUCCUAAGGCUAGCAUUUCUUUAGCUGGCUGUUUCCCUUUUAUUUUUUUAUGCUACUGCCAAUAUAUCCAGGCUGACUAUGUUUCACUGCUGCAAGUCUCACAUGUCAGCCACUGGAAGCAAAUUGUUUUAAACAUUGAUACACUUAGUUUUUUGCAGAUUUAAGUGGCACCACUUCAGCUGUAAUAUGUUUGUGGACUUUCCUUUUAAUCAAGUGAAAGACUGUUCUGCUACUACUCUUUCAGCAUCACGGUCAUUAGGUAUAUUUUUCCUGUUAGGUUUCCUCUGACUUCUCCUGUUCCACAGAGUGUUUAUAAACUCUCUCCCAGAGUUUAUAAAUCAGGCUGUUUUCAUCGUGUCAACUAUGGGAGCUAUCCCCAGAUGGUGGGGCGCCCAUCCUACCGCAUGCAAGCAGUUACUCCCCCGCUCUAUUCAAGCAUCCAAUUCUCUCUCCUCCAUACACAGCCACAUGCAUGGGGCACAAGGGGAGAGGAGGAGGUGUGCUGGACAGAUAGCUGCUCCUGAGAGGGGAGGAGCGAAAAAGAGGAGGAAGAGGUCUGGAGACCUUCAGGUGCUUGACUGAAGGCAGGCUCACUCUUUGGAAAACGUCUGCUUUUUUUACUAGAAGGCAGAACAGCACAGCUUGCAGCAGUCCUGACUUCUGUGGGGAAGAGGCGGCAUGGGAUGCCGCACUGGCUGAGGGUGUCAGCAUGCUUGUCUCUUGCAUCAGAAGCGUGCCAGCCCCUGUGAGCAUAAUGAGGACAUGCUCUUCAGCAAGGACCUUUUUCAAACCGUGUGCAGCAUAGCUUACAGCUAGCUUAACUGCAAAAUCUAUGCAUUCCUCUUCAAACUUUCUGUUCUAGGGGUAAAGUUGCACAUGUCUUCAAAAUGAGCAUUUCAUUCUCAAAAUAGCCUAGAUGCUUGUUGAGCUGAAAGCUGAGAUACUGUCUCAUUGUAUUACAUUCAUUGUACGAGAAACUGUUGAUAUUUGAAAAGAAAUUCUUAGACAGCCUUUUUCUUCUGAAGGCAUCUUCCAAAUGUAAUGUCAGCCUUUCAUGGAGAGCUCACAGUGUGAGAAAAUUAAUCACUAUUCUCAUAUAUUUUCUAUUAACCUUUCAUUUAUUCAUACAAAAGAAUCCCUAACUACUUCUGAAUAGUGAAUAAACAUAAGUGUUUGUUUUAUAUAUAUGUAUAUGUAAGUGUGUGUGUGUGUGUAUAUAUAAAAAAAUAAAAUAAAUUCCUAUUUCAGUAUAAAUAUAAAAAUAAUAAUAAGAAUGGUUCUCCAAAGCAGCAUGUUUUGGAGAAAAUCUAAUCGGUAUGUGCUGCAAUUUAAGAGAUGGUACAAAGUCCUCUAUUCAAAAGUAAAUUUUCUAGCUCAGGUUGGAACUUUUUUCUGUCUGUAUCUAAUCAAAGCAAGGAAAUAUUUCAGUAACUUAUUCAUCCACUUCUGCCUUUCACUUCAAAGAAUUUUUGUCUGUUUAAAAAAAGUUGUGUUUAAAAAUCUUUUAAUUGUCUUCAGGGUAGUACAGAAUUGUGAAUAUACAGGUUGUUUUUUCUCUGAUAGUUAAAGAUCUUUAAUUUUACUUCUGUUUUUAGAAGUAUGUAUAUUCUGUGGGAUGAGGAGAGAAUUUGGAUGUGAUUGCCACCAGAAACCUAUGAACCUUAUAGUAACUAGCUUAAAGAUGCAAUUAAAUUUUGUUUCCCUU